AUGGAAUAUGGAGUCAUAGUUCUAGAUGGGAUUCCAGAUCGCCCAUCGACCUCGAUGCUGGUCCAAGACGUAAGGAAAUUGCCUCGUUAUUACGCGAAUGACUCCUCCUCGCCAAUGCUUACUCGAAAGGCAGAGUCCAACAGCACCUACUAUUCCGACCUCGACAUUGCUCGAACGCACUUGUUAUGCACACUCUUCUCCGUCGGCAUAGACCGAGCUCGGCAUAAGCACGGCAACGGCAUCAUCAACCUCCGAAAGGACAGCUUCACGAUUAAAUUAGGGGCAGUCAAGUGUUCCUUCAGACGCGAGAUCAGGCCCUACGAGCGGUACGAAAUGUGGACCAGGGUCCUCUCGUGGGAAACCAAAUGGCUGUACACCAUCACGCACUUCGUCCGCAAAGACCCAAAAAGCAAAGGAAGCACCGUUUGCGCCACGGCGAUCAGCCAGUGCGUGUUCAAAUCCGGGCGCCGGACAAUCCCGCCCGAAGUCAUGCUCCGUACCUCGGGGCUAUGGCCGCAUGAGAUCUUUCCGCGACCCAUUCUCCCUGUAGCGGCGGCGCAUCACCACACUUUAAACGAAGUGACAGGGCAAGCAGGCAUCGAAGACUCGCACAAGCAUCAGUAUGCACUCGACACCUUACGCCAAUCCGACUUUGUUGAUGGGGAUGGAUGGAUCGGAAGCCAAAAGGUAACGAACAUGCAAACAGGAGGGUGCACGUCCGAGAUGAUUGAGAAUGAGAGACGGCGCGGUAUGGGUACGGUGAACGGGGGUGAUCUCGGCGAUCUGGAGCAAGAUUUCUUCGCCGAUGUGGAUCUCCUCGGGAGGCAUUUCGAUCUGUGA